UGCUUGAUAAGCAGUAAAAUAAUUUUUCCGAUAUACUGUACUAGUAAAAAAAGGUAAGAUGAAAUUUUACAUAUCAUACAAUUCACGCACAAAAAUUAUUAGACGAAAUUUACCGAGAGUGAGAGUCUACUCCAAUUAAUUGGCAAAUUGAAAGGGACAAGAUGAUCCUACCUACUAUAUUAAUAUUGAAUGGCACUCGGGCGCUCACAGCUGUUUUUAAGCCUACCUACUAAAAUUACUAAUACUACAAUUUCGUUCAUUCUAAAUGAACUUCGGCUAACUAGGUUAUGUAGUUCGUAGUAGAGCUUUCAUAGUAUACUAACAGCUAGCAAUAACAAAGGAGUAACUCAAACUGAAGUAAAUAUGAAUAGGUCUAAUUACUAAUUUUACUCAUUGGAAUAUCAAUAUCAUAUUAUAAAAUAUUAUUAGUUUGUCUGUAAAAUAAAGAAUAAAGCUAAAGUUACUAGUAGUAGUAGUUUAGAUACUUUUACUUGUCACAUUAUUCAUUAUACACACUCAUUUUGGUAAAACUCUGAUAGGACAUGACAUUACAUACUUAGAUAGACGGCACCCACUACCUUACCGGAAAUACUUUAGCAGACAACAGGGCGUUUCUACGUUAAAAGAAAUUUAAAUCAGUUAAAUCCACAAUGGCAAGAAGACCACGAGCGUCAACGAUUAUUGUACCUACAAACAAAAUAUUGAGUAAAAAUGACAUGUUAAAUGAAGUGUGGCAAUUGUGGGUUUACCACACUUGCAACAACCUGAUUCAGCAUUAAAGUGAUCUGCCUGCCACAAUUUAAUUCGCAACUCAGUAUCAUGCAGAAUAUGCAAUCAGCCGUGCACAUUGAAUCGGUACCAGCAGGGAAUUGAUGGGCAUGCCAUCGUUGUGGUACCGCCUAUCUGUGUGACACAAUUCUUUCUUUUCACACAGUUAUCAUUAACAACAAACUGUCACCAUUGUGUAUUGUUGGUCGUAUGAUAUGCCACAGAUGCAGAUACAGCAGCACGAGGCAGCUGUUGCCGAAAAAUUUGUAAUUGAUUGGUGCAACUACAUGCGAGUUGAGUGUGGAACUUGGCUGGAAUGUAAUGCGACCGCAAUUUGUGGAAUAGACGUAAAUGGAGAACAUAUAAGUAGAGAUAGAUGAAACAAAAUAUUUCCACAAGAAAUAUCAUCGUGGUCAGUGGUGGGAUGGCCACUGGGCCUUCGAUGGGAUCAAGUGCUUCUUGUUGGAAGUGCCGGACAGGCGCGCAGACAUGCUACAAGGCUGAAUAGAAGCUCACAUCUUGCCAGGGACACAACAUUUCCGAUGUCUGGGCUGCAUACGCACACAUAGAUCAAAUCAGAUACAGAUUAUAUGAGCAUUCUGUUGUUCAUGAACAUGAUUUCGUGGAUCUGAUAACAGCGAAGUGCAUACCCAAAACAUUGAAAAUAUGCGGAUGAGAGCGAAGCGGAAGUUGAGAAGACAAUUUGGAACUAGUUCUGCAUUGUUUUGGUCAUAUCUACAAGAAUUUGCCUAUCGUAACCAGUUUCAUGGGACAAACAUAUUUCCGAACUUCCUGAUUACGCUUGUCUAUAACUAUCCGUGAUUAGACAAGACAGUCUUUUGAGGUUCAGAGUAGAAUGGUGCUUUAAAUAAACUUGAAACUGUUAACUACAGCUUUGUUGGGUGUAUUUUCAUGUUAUUAAAGCUGUUCUGGGUCUAUUUAAUGUUAUUAUCGAUGCUAUAUCAGAAUUUUAACCAGGUUAUUAAAAACCUAUUUUCAACCAGCCUACCCCCAUGAAAAUGAUAUUUUUAUUUCAGACACACAUAGGUCUACAUCAAGAUUUGAACUUGACCCAGUAGCUACAACAGAUAAGAAGCAUUUUUAUCUUUGACUUUUACAAAAUGGAGCAUUCCAUUAAAUCAUCUUUCACUGUACGGAAAAGUUCACGAUUAAUAGGGAGAAAAAACAAGACUACCAAGAGCAUUACAGGAGUAACAAAAAAUAUCAAUGAUGUUUUAGGUUCUCCACAUAUCUUAAGUGAAAGUGGAAUGGGUGAGCAUUUAAAAUUUAAUUAACUUAGGGCUACUACUUAAGGUAUGUGAAAUAUUUGGAUUCUUAAAUAUUUUUUUAGAUCUCAUCUUAUAACUCAUGUUAGUUAUGAUAAAAUUAGUGAAAACAUGGUUAUACAUAGAAAAUAGGACUAAAUCUAAAUUAUUGGUGCAUAGACUUAGUAUUAUUGAUCAUUAACCAGAUUUUACAUUUUUUAAACGUAUAUAUCCUGCUUCAAACCUAAUUAUAGUUGUUACAUAACGGAUUAUUAAUAACACAUAAUUACCCUUGGCCUUUAGUUGGCUAUCCUAGCCAGAACUCCACAUGCAUAUUAAAUGAUAUUCUGAUUUUUUCUCAUCUUUACCAUAAUUCCAUAUUUUAGGAAAUAUUACUUCAUAUGCAAUAAAUAUGUACCAUUCAUUUAUAUGAAAUAAAUCUUGCAUGUUCAUGUACCAGUAAAGAAAAAUUAAAUUUUGUUAGUAAAAGUAAUACUAUAGACCAAAUUUUUCACAAGUUAAAAUUGACAUCUUUGAAUUACUUUCUCUUUUAAGGAAAAGCCACAAAGUCUCCCGAUGGCUCAAACAGCUUUAUUUCUGACUUGAAAAAAAUGUUGAACAAAUCAGCAGAGAAACAAGAAGAUAUAAUGAAUAGCAAAACAUCUGAUGUGCAAUACCCCAGACAAUGUAAGACAACAAAUUUUAUAUGAAUUCAUCAAAUUAAAAAAGUUAAAGUGUAAUAUUUUAUAUAGCAGAAAAUACAUGGAUAAAUAAGAACACUGUUUUAGACUUAACUGAGGCACUGUUUGGGGUAGAGAAUGGAAACACAGACCUGUUUACUCUAACGAUUUUGGCGUACAAUGUACGAUUUUAAGGUGUAUACAUGUUUAUGCUGUAGGUUUAUUAUUUUACAAUUAAGAUAGUGUUUUUAACGAUUUUGUGAUGAUAUUGUACGAUUUGAAGAGUUUGAGGGUAAACAGGUCUGGAAACAUCUCACAAUGACCAUAUAAUAAGUAAUUUGUUAAUGAAUGUUAGUUUUUCCGCACUUAAAAUUUUUUUUUUUUUCUGGAGUUAGAAUGAACAUUGUUAGUUAUGGUGUCAUUUGACAUUACUAUAAUGUUCUUUACAGUUAGGAACAGAGAUAAAACUCCAGACAGAACUGCAUCAUUCACAUCCCUUCACAAUGAAAGCUAUGCUCAAUCCGUAUCCCCUUCAAUUUCAUCUUCCACCCAGUCUCCAUCAUCUCCUAAACGUGAUUCAAGUGAGUCAUUGGAUGGUGAGUUGUUUUUUUGUGUAAAAUACAAAUAAAAAUUUGACUGAUAAAAAUCAAUAAAAAUUUCUGUAUAUAAUUUUGAAAAACAUUUCUGUUUUAAGAUUGUGGUAAUGUCUUCUGUUAAAUUAAUGAUGAUUAUUUAUUUUACAUUUUUUAUGUUGUUUUUUUCUCAUAUAGGCAAUUAGCACAGAUUUGGUGUUGAUGCUAGUAAUAUAAUUUAUAUUAAACUUUGUUGCAUUUGGUUAGAUUUCAAUAGAGUCAGACGCUCACUUCUUUCACCAACUAAAAGAAAGUCCGACAAUGAAAAUGAGAAUGCUUACUGCAGCCUCUCUCCAUUGAAAACACCUCGAGCCUCAAGAAGAGAGAAGUCACCCAGAUCUCCUUUCUCUAGAACUCCUUCCACACCAUUUAGUCUCAAAUCACCAGAAACUCCAAAAUCUUCCAAGAUGGCACCUAUGGGUUAGUCAUGGCUGCACAAAUAUUUUCUCCUUUUUAAACAUAUCUAUAUAUAUAUAACUAUGAAAAGGAUGUAUAUAAAAGAAUUUUACUGUUUUUUUAAUGUCUUUUUUGGGUGGACCAUUUUUUAAAAUGGUAGUAUUUAUGAUUAUUUGGAAUUGAUAUCUGCUGAUUCCAUAUUAAAAAAAAGUAAAUCAAAAGAUCUUUAAAUGUUAAAUCAAAUGCUGCCUCUUAGAAAAAUUUAACAUUGGCUAAGUACCCGUCAGUAAGCUAUAAUUUUUUUAGUCAAGUGAAUUCCUUCAAAAUAAAAUUUAUUCUGCUGAGCCUAAGGCAUGAGAUCAUUUCUGGAAAGCUCUCCAUUUUUAAUGCAUCAGAAAUUUAUUUUUAUCUAAAUGAAAUUGCUAAGAUUGUGUUUUAUUUUUAGAGUGUCUGUUUCACAAUGUUAUAUAUAUAUAUAUAUAUAUAUAUAUAUAUAUAUAUAUAUAUAUAUAUAUAUUUUUUUUUUUUUUUAUUUUUUUAUAAAAAAAAAAAUAUAUAUAUAUAUAUUAUAUAUAUAUAUAUAUAUAUAUAUAUAUAUAAUUUUUUUUCCUGGUCCAUUCUGAUGACAAUAAAAGUUAUCUAUAAAUGCAAUAUAUUUGAUCUGUUAAGUUAACAUACAAAUUGGAAUAAACAUCUAAAAUUGUGUGUUUCCAUAGAAUGUAGAUCAACACCAAGACGGCUGUUUGGUUCUCCUGACAAAAAAUCCAAGGAAAGUCUGCUAACUAAAACUUUGAGACAGAUUCCAAACUCAGUACUAACUCCUGAGAAAAGUCCUGCAAGUAAAUUGAGGCCCUUGCAACUUUAUAAACCAGAUGGUAAGCAUUAAUAUUCAAAAGCUUAGUUAUGAAGGACAAUUAAAACUAGUUUCUUCCUGCAUUGUAUUGUAACAAAUUCAUUUGUAAAGGAGUAUUCCGAUCUAAUUUUAGAUUUGGUUUUCAAAAUUAUUAAUUUUUUUUUACAUGGAGUGGAUUAUAUAAAACAGAUUUAUUUACAAGGCAAAGCACAGACACCUGGAGGGGGGGGGGGUCGUGUAAUAAUGAAUAAAAAAAAUAGAAGGAAUUCUUUAGGAUGUGCUGGACUCCUGCAAUAAUAUUCUUAGUCAAAAUGCAUACAAAACAUUGAUUUUACUUGGUAUUUUUUUUACAUUUUACAUUUAUUUAUUUUACAGUGAUUACUUAUCAGUCUGCCAAACAGUGCCUUCACACAGCAAAACCCGAUCACUUAAUUGGUCGUGAUGCUGAGGAGGCAGAAAUCAGGGCAUUCAUCUGUGAUAAAUUACAGAACAAAAAAAGCGGAAGUUUAUACAUCUCAGGGGCUCCAGGUACAGGGAAAACGGCAGUUGUGAAUCACAUUCUCAACAAAAUGAAGGUAAUCUUGUUAGCAUUUUAACAACAAAUUUUAAGAUAAAAUGAAAAAUGUCUAGGCAUGUUGUAGUUGUGGAUACAUUAUUAAAACUACAUCAAUAUACUACUGUAGCUAAUAUCUUUUUUUAUUAUUUUUUAAAUUUAUUUGAUAGCAUCGUAAUUUCGUUACUAAAUUUUAUUAAAAUUCCAAUAGGCUCAACAUAAAAGUAUAAAAACUGCUUUCAUCAACUGCAUGAUGCUGAAAGACUCAAAUGCUGUGUUUAGGCAGUUACAUGAACAACUUAUUGGAGUUCCUAUCAAAGCCAAGGAUUCAAUGAAGGCAAUGGAAAAAUUAUUCAUGUCAUGUCAUGAGCCAAUGUAAGUGGAUGAGCAUAGAAUGCACUGAAAUCUGAAAUAAAUAAACUUUAAUUCUAUGUAGUUUAUGCAGAUCAAGUUACUCCUACAUGGAUCAUCAUAUUGUUUAUUUGUGUUUAUAAAAUAAACUUCUAAGAUACAACAGUUAUAUUUAGCGACUGCAUGUUGCAACAUAAACGUUAGUCAUCUAUUUAUUGUAUACAGCAUAAGUGUUGGGAUUUUUUUAUUUAUGAUAGGUGAUUGUGUAGCAUGUUAAAAAUGCUCAAGUUAGAAGAAGUGAAUUUAUGUAUCUCUUAUAUUUGAAAUUGUUAAAAUAUUUAAUCUUCUUAUAAUUUUUAAUAAAUAGUGGUACAAUAUUUGUUUAGACUUGAAAAAAAAAGACAGAAAAAUGAAAAGGAUGUUUUGUCUAUAUGCCUUCUUCAGCAGACAAUACAAAGCAAGAAAAACAUAGUUCGAAAUUGAACAAGCCACAUAAAUCAAGGACACUUUAAAAACCAUUGGAGUCUCUUUUUUUUUUAAGCCUAAACUUACCUUGUUGAACUAUUUAUUUACUUCACGUGGCUUGAACAUGAAUUUCCAAAUGUUAACUUCAGUUUUAUUUGACUCUUCAGACUUUUAGUACUUGAUGAGAUCGACCAGUUGGAUAGCAAACAUCACCAUAUCCUAUACCAGAUUUUUGAAUGGCCAGCAUUAGAGAAUUCUAAAUUAAUACUCAUAGGUAAAAAUUUUUAUUAUAAGUUUUUAACCUCGAAUGAUCAUUUUUUGGCAAACAGAAUUUUAGAAAUCUUAUUUUAAAUUGAAUAUUGCUCAAAGUCGCUUAAAUUUUGUACAUUAUUCUGUAGGUAUCGCCAAUGCCCUUGAUUUAACGGAUCGCAUUUUGCCACGUCUACAAGCUUCAACAGUCUGUAGGCCUAUGUUAAUGAAUUUUCCUCCCUAUUCUUCGGCACAGAUAUCAGACAUUCUAAAGCACAGGCUACAAGAUGUAAGAGCUUACUAGUGUUUAUUAGUGUUUCUGCUCUAAAUCAAGCUGUCUAAAAUUUAUGAUCAUUGGAUGCAUAGUUUAUAUAAAAGUCUUUGUUGUGUGUAAGAUAAAUGAAUGCUGUAUUAUAGCCAAUUUGAAGCUAUUUUAAAUAAGUUUGUUUAAAAAAAAAAAAAAAAAAUUUCUUUCAGAGUGAAAUCAUAGAACCAAGGGAAAAUUUGAAGCUAUUUUAAAUAAGUUUGUUUAAAAAAAAAAAAAAAAAAAAAUUUCUUUCAGAGUGAAAUCAUAGAACCAAGUGCAAUAAACUUUUGUGCUCGCAAAGUAUCAGCAGUAGCAGGUGAUAUGAGGAAAGCUUUAGACGUUUGUCGUCGUGCUGUGGAGAUGGUUGAGUCAGAUGUGUGUUGUCAGCAGGUCUUAAAGCCUGCAGGUGCGUUCUCAAAAUUCUAAUAUUUUGUUAUAUUUUUUUCCAUCAGUUUUCUUCUCGUGAAUAUUGUAAGUGGGAAGCAUAAAUUCAAACAGUGGUGGAUUUGGUAAAAUGCUACAUAGUGUUAAAGAAAAGAAACCCUUUAUAUAAUUGUGCAUGAAUUAUAAAUUUAUUAAGAAGCGGUUAUCUCACUGGUUAAAUUUCUGGCGAAAACAUGUUUCACGUUUCCUUCAUUUUCCCCUUGGAAAAGACAUUCUAUUUUUUAUGCAAUGGCUUUUGUUGAGAUAGCAAGGUCAUUAAAAAAGCCUGUUUAUAUGGGUUAAACUGUUCUACCUUUUUUUGAAUCUUCGGCACCAUGUAUAUAGAAAAUAUAGAAAAGGAUUUAAAAAUAACUAUUUAACAGUCUGAAAACAAGUUAUGAUUGUUUGAGUUAAAUCCAAUUACGUUUAUGCUGCUCGGCAUUAGAACAAUAUGGUGUUUAUUAACUCAUUCCCUCCUGCAAUGCUACCGGUACUUCCGUAUUUAAUUUAUUUGCCAGAGAAAGGGAAAUAACUCCAUCUUGGAAUUGAUUUACAUUUGUAAAUUAUUUAUUUAAGCUGCUAAAUAUUAUUUAAUGUUAACGAAUUAAGAACAAAUGCAACAAAAAAUGUUUAAGGUUUAAUAUAAAUAUAACAUUAGCGGGGAAAAAAAUUACGAACAAUGACCAAAAAAUCGAUUUUCGGCACCUCGGGCGAACACAUGCUAAGUAUAGACGCGCCGUACUAAAGCACGCAUAGUUUUAAAGUGAAACAAGAUAAAAACUUCCGGUUUUUAAAUUAAAAAAAUCACGCUGAACCACGCCAUCACAUGAAGUCUCGAAGGAUGCGAGAUUUCAUUGCUAUUUUUAAAUAGGUAAGAGAGAGGUGUGUCGCUAUGCGCUGGGACGCAUUUGGACGCAUCCGGCGAAACCCGUAAAGGACGCAUUUAGUCGCAAACGUCGGGAAUGAGUUAAUAGAUUAUUUCACGAAUUAAGCAGUUGUUUAGUUUGACCGUAUCUAAUUUAAAAAGUUCAAUAGUGGGGAGAACGAAUUAAGCUAUUUACCAGAUAUUGUAUUGUUUGUUCCAAAUGUCAUUUUUGUUAAAAUAUAAUCCUCUUUUCAUAGUUUUAUUCAGCUUAGUUUAAGUGCCAUAGUAUUGAUUUAUUAUUUAAGUAAUAUUUUAAAAUGGCUCCAUUUUUGCUACUACUAGUAAUUAAAACCUUCCAUCUGCAGAUUGUAACAGUCCUACAAAAAGAAACCAACCAGCCAUGAUGAAAAAAGUUACUAUAGCUCACAUAUCUCAAAUCAUGUCCAACGUUUAUGGUUCAAGUGUCACUGCUGCAAACAGCAGUGAAAAUGAUGUUCCCUUACAACAGAAGCUUGCAGUUUGCUCAUUGCUUGUUAUGGUGAAAAAUGGGAAAGUCAAGGAAGUGGCAUUGGGAAAGGUAAGUUUUUAAAUACACAUUUCAGCUAAUAAACAUUCAGCAAAUAAACAUAAUUCCUGUCAACUUUCUAUCUGAAACUAAUGGUAAGAGAUGUUACCCUUGGAACAGUGUUGCAUUUUCAGAAUUUUGAUGCAAGUGUUAAGUCUCCAAAUAUUUUUUUCUUCAAAAAUUUGCAAAACAUUUCUUUUAAAAUCUUAGCUCCAUGAGGUGUAUGUUAAAGUGUGCAGGCGGCAACAAAUGGCUCCAGUAGAUCAGAGCGAGUUUCAUUCAGUGUUGUCACUGCUAGAUGCCAGAGGGGUGAUUGCCUUAAAAAAGGCAAAAGAUACACGCAUGACCAAGGUAAUUAUUAAAAUGGUUAUCGUGGUUUGUUUUUCAAAGGACAUAUUUGAUUACUGAACAUCAAUAUUCUGUGUAGGGAUAAUUAAAAAACACCAGUUAGAAGAAUCAUUUAACAUAAUUUUAAUGAUUGUUCACAUUUUACAACUGGAAAUAAACAUUAUUUCAGGUUUCCUUGAAGCUGGAUGAACAAGAACUGGAACAGACGCUCAAAGACAAAUCAUUGAUGGCAGCCAUUAUCAGUGAUGGCGUACCCAAGUAA